AUGGAUGAGUCCCCCGGACCCGACCUCACGUCGUAUCUCACCAGGUCACCGAACCUGGCUUUCCAGGGCUUCUGGGUCGUGUGCAGCCAUUCCUCGUACCUGAAAACAAGGAAGCGUGCAUUGAUGGUGUAUCUUAUUCACCUGUUCCAUCGCCUGGCGUCGUUGACAAUUCGCCGACCUGCCUCGAAAUUGCAAAUAAUGUCCAGACUGCCGAAGUACAACAUGACUCUGGCGAAUUCCAAGUUUUCCAGUUGGGACUGGGCCAAGUCCGUUUUGAAGUUCCUCAGGAUCUCCUCGCUGAAGGACAAGAAGGGCAUUUCGCCCACGUGCAAAUUCCUGCGUGUCGCGACUGAGGAGAGGAAUGCCUCAGCUGCUUCGUAUGCCGGGGUGAACAAGUACGUGUCCCGGGGUCCACGAGUACUGUGGUACUGGUCGAAGCCAGUGACCCGUUUGAAGUACGUGUCGUUGUGGAAUGCGCCGAAUAUCACGUAUAUUUGGAUAUACAGUAUGUAUAAAUGUGCUCACAUCAACGGAUUCUUCCCAUCUGCCUUCAUCAGCCAGAUGAACAGACUCAGAGGCCUGCAAAUCAAAGUGAUUCCUUUGGAUUUCGUCAAUCAUGCCGUGGCCAAAGAGGAAAUCCCCGUAGUGGAAGUUCUGCCUGGGAUGAAUCAUGGGAUUGCCGAUAAUGAUGCCUUCGAGCGGAAGCGGAAGUUGCAACCUCAAGGACGCCGACGAGGUGUUGAUAUACUGCACCUGAGUAGGACUGGCCGGGAGUCUUCAUCAACUGCAAGAGGUCCAUUGUCCAGAAGAACAUUCAAACUGGAUGCUGCUCCAGGUCCUCCUUCCAGCCAAAUAAUGAUGAGAAUGCAGGACGCAAUUUUGUACAUAUCUGAGGCUGCUUCGUCAAGCAGAAGAGGAACGCCGCGUAGUUUACAAAUGAAAGCCGCAAAAAAUUGCCCACCAACAUUCACGAAGACGGAUUGCUCUUAUUGUGGUGGUGGUAGAGCAAAUGAUGAGCCAAAGGAAUGGCAAGAAGUGACAUCUAUGAAUACAAUUCUGACAGCCAUGAGAAGUGCUGAUGAGGAGGAAUUGUAUUCACACUUGAAGCAGCUCAAGUAUUUGCUGUCAGUGGGAGCUGAUCCUGAUGCCUUGGAUUCCAAUGGGAAGAGGCCAUUGCAUGUGUGUAUGGAAAUGGCUGGUGUUGAGGCCUGUCAAGUCAUCUUGCUUUGUAGACCCAACAUUCAAGCUGUGGACUUCGAUGGGAAAACUGCCUUGGGUCUUGAAUUUCAGAAUCAACACCUGGAAUCUGGUUUUCAGAGCAUAGCAAAAUUGGCUUGUCAAAAACAUUGGUACGCAGUGAAGAACCUUGUGAGAAGACAAAAGGUGUCACUUGUUGAGCUCAACACCUGCUUCGGCUCUAAAACUGCAGAACAAUGGGCUGUUCAUCAUGGGAAGAUUCAAAUGGCCAUGGAACUCUGCUAUCAUGCGAAGAAAAACUUCAUUGACAGCAGCUCUCAACGUAAAGAAGAAAUCAACAAACUGCAAGGAAUGAUCAAUGCUUUACAAGAGCAAAUCUUGAAACUUGAAAGAUGGACUGGAUUCACUGCUGCUUCACAAAUGGAGGCAAGAAAAAUCCCUGAAGAUUCAUCCCCUGAGACAACUGUGACUGAAAGUAGUGACGAACUGAUUUUUGAUGAUGAAGACAAAGCGACAAAAAGAGUGGUUGCAGUGAUCCAGCCUUCUGCAAGAGUCAUCUGUCAAGCUGCAGCCAACAUUGUAGUGCAAUCUCAGGAAGGUCACAUUUACUUUGGAUUCGAGCCUGUUUAUGAAAUGGAAACGUAUGAUGAUGGUGUGAAUUGUGAGGAAUCCUGACACCCCCAUUGUUGCAAUAUUCCUUGUACAGUAUUUCUUAUUCUUGCACCUGCUGUGAUGGCAUCAUGGCUAUGAUUGUUAGUCAAAAGAUUGGGCAUUUUUAGCUAUCUUAAAUUACUGAUUUAUCCUUUUUUGUUGUUGUUGCUGCUCUGUAUAUUGCUUCUGUGAUGAAAUACAGUGAGAUAGAAAUCUGAUGAAA